UUGAUGACCUGAAAAUCUGUUUGAUCUCUUUGAUGCUGUUGCCUCUUGGAUUUUAGUUAAUGGAAUCCUUCUUUCUUGCAGAUAUUCAGUUUCUGAAUGUACAUUAUGGAUGACGAUAGCCAAGAUGAACUGAUUAAUGUAAACACUGCACUGGGGAAAGCAAGAGGAAAACGAGAAGUCGUAGCCAUUUUCAGUGAUGGAGAGGAAUCUAGCAGUGAAGAUGAUCUAGAUGAGGGUGGUACAGAUGAAGAUGAUGAUGAUGAUGAAGAUGAAGAUGAUGAAGAUGGAGAAGGGGUGGAAGAUGAUGAUGAAGGUGAUGAGGAAGAUGAUGAGGAUGAAGAUGAGGCAGAGGAAGACAAUGAAAUCGAUGAUGAGGCAGAGGAGGCUGUUAGAGGAGAUGACACAGAGAAAACAAGUUCUGGAGGUAAAUGGGGAAGCAAUUCCGAUGAGGAGGCCGACAAUUGCCCAAUCUGCCUGAAUACUUUCCGAGACCAGGCUAUUGGAACUCCAGAAAGCUGUGCACAUUACUUUUGCCUUGAUUGCAUUCUUGAAUGGGCAAAGAAUGCCAAUUCAUGUCCUGUUGAUCGAAUAAUCUUCAAACACAUCUGUGUCCGUACACAUUUUGGAGGAACAGUCAUAAAGAAGAUUCCAGUGCAGAGCCCUGAUAAAGAUAAUGAAGAGGAGGAAGAGGACGUGACAAACUGUGAGGUGUGUGGACGAAGUGACCGUGAAGAUAGCCUUCUCCUCUGUGAUGGUUGUGAUUCGGGGUACCACUUGGACUGUCUCACUCCUGCCCUUAAUACUGUUCCAGUGGAAGAAUGGUUUUGCCCAGAAUGUGCUGCUAACAAUCCCACAGCUGUGGUUGAGGAGAUUGAUGAAGAAGAAGUUGCCUUCCUUGUUGCUGAUGCAGCUCAAGAACCCACUACUUCCCGGUUACGUCCCUCUACUAGAAGAACUCGUGCUAUUGCAAGGACUCGCCAAAGUGAACGUGUACGGGAAAAUGUAAAUCGGAGCAGGAUUACCCAUGCCCAUCAAAUUGAGCAUGUGCCGCAGUACCUGAUGAAUGCAAGCCUGCUAGAUGAAACUAUUGAAACAGUUGUUGCAGGCUUAAACACAGCUGUGUAUCAUCGGCCUCUCACUCCACGAGCUCCAAGCACAAAGAAAUGUAGACGAAGACCAGGUAAAAAGAGGAAAAAAGCUGGAACAAAGAAACCUCGCAGCAAAACCAGUCAAGCGUCUGGAACGAAAGUCACUGGAAAGCCUGCAAGGAAACGGAGGAGAAAAGUGAAAAGAAGGAAGGGAAAGAAGAAGGCGGUUAAAUUGAGUUUCACAGCACGGUCACGCAUUGCAAAGAACCUUGGCCUUGGAAAGCCUGUAAAUGGCAUUUCAGUUCCUUCUGUGUACAGGCCACUAGAACCAUCCCUGAAGUCUAUGCGAACAGAUAUUGGAGCAGCUUCAUUAUCUGUAUACGGUGAUCCAAAUGACCUGGACCCAUUUGAAAGUGCUGCUGAACCUUUGGACAGGGAAACAUCAAGCCCUAGGUCACUUGUUAGCAACAAAAGAAGAAUUCUUUCCCGCUCAGCUCUGCGAUCUCAUCGGCCCGUAGCCCGACCAAUCUCUGUAAAAAUCUCAAGGUAG